AUGGAUCCAAGUACUCAGCUGGAACGUAUUUUCAAAAACUUGAGACUUCGUCGUAUCGUCAAAGAAAACCACUCUAGUGAAAUCAAUCAAUUGGCCUUUUGUCAAAACCACAGAUAUAACAGGACACCCUAUGGAAUAGAUCGAGUCAGAGUCCUAGAAAGGCGUGGCGCUAUACUAAAGGAUCCAACAGAUAACAGCAAUGUCCUUGCUACUACUGGAGGCCCUCAGGCGAACAUCUAUGAUAAUGAACAUUGUGGAGAUCAUUUGGAUAUCAUGUCACACUUCUUACUUGAUCCUACUGGCGAAGAAGGCUUUGAAGAACUUCCGGAAAUGUUGACAUGUUGUUGGAUGAACCAGCCACAGGACGCAAUCCUUGCCACAGCUGGAACUGAUAAAAUGAUUCAUAUCCUCAGUUUAGCAAGAUCAAAGGAGCUUAUGCGACUUUCAGGCCACAAACAUACUAUUACGGAUAUCCAGCCACAUCCUAUAAGAGAUGAAUAUAUACUCUCAGCAUCUAAGGAUGGCACUAUUCGCCUGUGGAAUAUCCUUACAGGGAACUGCCUGGUGAUUUUUGAAUAUAAGGCAUCCGUAGUUUGCUUCAAUCCCCACACUCAGGGUACGACGUUUUUGAGCGGAAGCUACAAUGGAGAUAUCCGUGAAUGGGAUAUGCCCUCGUUUGAUGAGGAACCUAAAGAACCUAUUGUCGUGCCUUUGACGGAAAGUCGCAUGCUACAAUCAGGAUUACACUCUGCAAGGAUAGGUAAAUGCUGA